GUGUCUGAUACUUCAGAGUGAAAAAAAGAUAACCACAGAAUCCAAGAACUCUUUUUUCACAUCCUGCUUUCUCUGAGGAUUACCCCUUGGAAUCCGAGCUGCAGAAUGAAUUCUUCUUCCUUGCUACCUGGAAUUUUGGGAAUUUCUCUCCUCUGGCCUUGUUUUAUGCCAACAGCGGACUCCAACGUGGAGAAUGUUAAGAAACCAAGACAGACUCUUGUGAGGGAGAAACGUGGAUGGACAUGGCAACAAUUUGAUGUGCCUGAAGAAUUAAAUACCAGCCGUUAUCACAUUGGUCAGUUACAAACUGAUUUAGAGGAUGGAAACGACUCAUUCAAGUACGAGCUUUUGGGAGAAGGAGCUAAUAACACCUUUAUCAUUGAUGGCAAGACAGGUGACAUAUAUGCCAUAAAGAGGCUUGAUAGAGAAGAACGCGCCCUCUACACGCUAAGAGCGCAGGUAAUCGACACCACUACUGGAAAGGCAGUGGAGCCCGAGUCUGAGUUUGUCAUCAGAGUUACGGAUAUCAAUGACAAUGAACCAAAAUUCCUAGAUGAACCCUAUGAGGCCAUUGUACCAGAGAUGUCUCCGGAAGGAAUGUUUGUUAUCCAGGUAACAGCCAGUGAUGCAGACGACCCUUCCAGUGGCAGUAAUGCUCGUCUCCUGUACAGUUUGCUGCAAGGCCAACCAUAUUUCUCCAUUGAACCAACAACAGGAGUCAUAAGAAUAUCUUCUGAAAUGGAUAGAGAACUCCAAGAUAAGUAUUGGGUCCUCGUUCAAGUCAAGGACCUGAUCGGUGAGCCUGGGGCACUAUCUGCAACAACAAGUGUCUUAAUUAAGCUUUCUGAUGUGAAUGACAACAAACCUGUAUUUAAAGAAAGUUUCUACCGCCUGACUGUCUCCGAAUCUGCACCCAUUGGCACGUGCGUAGGGAAAAUCGUGGCAUAUGAUUACGACAUAGGAGAGAACACAGACAUGGAUUACACUCUUGAAGAAGAUAGUUCCCAGACAUUUGACAUCAUCACCAACGAUGAGACCCAAGAGGGGAUAGUUCGGCUAAAGAAGAAAGUGGAUUUUGAGGUUCAGAACAACUAUCGCAUUAUAGCGAAAGUCACAAACCGCCAGGUGCCUGAGGAGAUGGCGAUCUAUCACGAGGAUCCUUCCGUCACCAUCAUCAAAGUGAUCGUGGAGGAUGAGGAUGAACCUCCUGUCUUUCUCCUCCCCUACUACAGUUUUGAAAUCUCUGAAGGAAGCCCUUUCGGAUCCGUUGUGGGCGUGGUCUCUGCCAUUGAUCCAGAUCAGAGGAAUUCUCCAAUGGGGUACUCUAUGACCAAAACCAGGAUGUUCACUGUUGAUGACAAUGGCACAGUCAUCACGACACAUCCUCUCGAUCGGGAGCUUAAUGCUUGGUAUAACUUUAGCAUUUCAGCCAUUGAAAAAUACAAUAUAGAACAGAUUUCUACAGUUCUUAUGUAUGUGCAAGUUCUGAACGUCAAUGAUCACGUACCUGAGUUCCCUGGAUACUAUGAGACAUUUGUUUGUGAAAAUGCAGAAGCUGGUCAGGUAAUUCGGACCAUCAGUGCUGUGGACAGAGAUGAAUCGGAAGAAGUUGAGCAUUUCUACUUUAAUCUCUCCGUAGACAGCACAAAGAACUCGAGUUUCAUAGUCAUCGACAACCAAGAUAACACGGCUGUAAUUUUGACUAACAGAACCGGUUUCAGCCUUCGAGAAGACACUGUCUUCUACUUGCCCAUCUUAAUUGCUGACAACGGCGUCCCACCGCUGACGGGGACAAACACCCUGACCGUAUAUGUCUGUGACUGUGAUGACAGUGGCAGCACAGAGGCCUGCAGCAACGCGGGAUUCAUGCUCUCCCUGGCACUCAGGACACAGGUGGCAAUAGCCGUCCUGGUAUGCCUGAUGAUAAUAUUUGGCUUUGUCCUCUUCAUCUUAUUUCUCAAACAACGCGGGAAACAGACUCUGUGCCCGGAGAGAGCUGAGGAUUUCAGAGAGAACAUAUUCCGGUACGACGACGAGGGCGGUGGGGAGGAGGACACCGACGCCUUUGACAUCCUGGAGCUGAGAAGCAGGGCCGUCCUGCGCCAGCCCAGGGGUCGGAAAAGCGCGGGCGAGGAGAUCCGGAGCCGGUACCGGGAGUCCCUGCAGCUGGGCCCCGACCCCGCCGAGUUCCGCCAGUUCAUCCGGGAGAAGCUCCACGAGGCCAACACGGACCCCUGGGCGCCGCCCUUCGACUCCCUGCAGACCUACGCCUUCGAGGGCACCGGCUCCCCGGCGGGCUCCCUGAGCUCCCUGGACUCCGCAGUCUCCGAUCAGGAGGAGAAUUUUGAUUACCUGAACGAGCUGGGACCUCGCUUCCGGAGGCUGGCGAGCCUGUUCGGGUCCACCGUGCAGGCCCACUACUACUGAUGCCGUCAGUAGUAGUGCAGAGUGGAAGAUGCUCGGCUGGUGCAGAGGGAAGAUGCUCUGCUGGUGCAGAGGGGAGAUGCUGGAGCCUUGGCCGCGGGCGCCCUCCUGCUGCAGUCCCUUCUGGGCUCUCCCAGCAGCACCAGCAUCCCGGAGGGUGGACUUCCAGCUUUCCCGUUUGCUUCCGAGAUGCCGAGCGCCGAUUCUUAGAAGCCAAUCCCUGUAACUCUAGCAUAUGUCUCAACCGUUCCCCUAGGGUAGAUGCUUACAUGUGUUUAUAUAUGUGUAUAUAUAAAAUAUAUAUCAAUGUACAUAUAGAUUGAUACCAUACAUGCAAUUUCUCACUUCUAAUGUUUCUAAACAGAAGGACUGAAUGUGAUCCUUAUAUUAUUUCAUUUUCCAGAUCUUUUUUUUAAUCUUAAAACGUAGGAGUUUGAAGUAUGAUAUAUAUGAAGUACCAAUACUCUACGUAGAUAAAGAGAAGAAGCUGGGUGAUUACAAGAAGCUUAAAAAAAAUAAAUAACCCAACUAUUCUGGCCAGAGUGAUAGUAUCAACCCGCAGAGUGUUUGCUUUGCGUGGAUGUAUCCCUAGCAUUCCAUGUAAUCCCAUGAGCAUCACCAGAGUAAUUCCUGAGUACAGAGUCAGGAGUAAUCCUGAGCAUCGUCUGGUGUGUCCCCAAACAGCAAAAAACAAAUAAAUGAACAAACAGAAACCAAACUAUGCCAUUUCUAUAAAUAGUCAAGUUUUUGAGAUUCUGCAAUUUACCUUAGUUUGAUCACAUAAAAUUAUUGUCGAGACCAUCCCUUGAAAUCAUUUCAUAUUUAGACAGAUACUAGGCGUGUGUAAAUUAAUCCAAGGAAGUAUAAAUGUAUUGUUUUUAUUCACAGUUUUAGAAAAUGGGACAUAAAAUAAGUUUAGAAGUUUUCAUAAAUUAUUUUUAUAUGUAACCCAAAUAUAUUUUAUCAUGUCACAAUAUAAUGACAAAAUCAUGUCAACAUUUACUCAUUAAACUUUUAUGGAAAUGGUGGAAGCAUACAACAUUUUAAGUGGAUUUACAUUACUCUUGAAAGCCUUGCCAAUAAAUGUGGGGGAUGCUGGAUUCAAACUUGAAUUCAUAUUAAUUCUGAAUAUUAUGAAGAGAUACACAGUUAAGAGGCCAAGUGUAAAAAAGAUCAAAUUCACAGAUUUUUGAAUUUUUUAAAACAGGGUUUAGAAUGAAACUAUUUCCUGAGUGUCCCUUUUUUUUUUCUUAAGGGAUAUAAAAUCAGGUGCAGUCCUUACUGUGAUUAAAAUACUAUGGAGGAAAUAUGCUAAGCUACUGGACAAAAAGCUUUAUUGUAAUGUGAGGUAAUAAAAUAAUAAAACACUUUUCAUCAUAAUUGUAAUUUAAGAAUGAUCAUGAUUAUUGUCUCCAAAGCAAAGUGAAAUUAAAUAUUUAUAGUGUGGCUGACAAAGCCCAGUCGUAAGACACUUGCCGUGCAUGUCUGGGGCUUGUGGUUUAAUCUCCAGCACCAUUAACACAAUUUCCCAAAUUUAUAGUUUGAACAAAAGGAACAUAGGUAAUACAAGAGUCUCAAAUUACUAAAUAUAUGUAUACAUAUACAAUAUUUAAAAAUCAUAGCUAGUGAAAUGAGCUGAGCUAAACUGAUCAUAUCUAUUAAACCAAGUCUUGAAUAAUUUCCAGCUGCAGUAAUUGAAUGGUUAUGGUAUUAUUUUCAUUGUACUUAUGAUGUAAACAUUUGAUCCCAUGGGCUAGAAGAACAUUGUUUCCAUCAUUGUCAAGCAGGUACCGUGAUGAUGGUGACACAGACACCAUCACUUUAUAAGGGACUGGGAAAAUCUGUCUUGAAACACAAGGAUUUGGAAAGUUACUCUGAGUAAACGAGAGGAAAUAAGCCAGGGUAAAUAUUUAUGCGCACUUAUUAUAAGUACUUAGGGAAGAAUAAAAGUACAUAAUACAUUUAAUUGUAGAAUAAAAACUUUAAGUGCUAAAGAAAUAUGUGGGCUGAAGUGACAUUUGUUUUAUUGUAUUUACAUAAAAUUUGAAACUUGAAAAAAUCUUGUGAAUUAGUCCAUGAUGUAUCAUUCCUAGUGUAAGAAAAAUUGUUCUGUGUUAUUGUGGGUAAAGAACUGGAAAGUUUGAUAAACAACUGAGGAAAUAAUUAUUGAAAAAUGGAGAAAAGGAACUACAACCUUUUGGGGAUCUUAAUCAAUUCUGCUGAAUAAGAAAGCAUUACUAAAAAACUUUGGGGCUGAGAGAUGAAACAGCUGGGAGAGUAUUUGUCCUACUGAGCUGAUCUGGGUUCAAUCCCUGGCAUCCCAUAUGGCCCCUGAGUACAGUCAGGAAUAGUUCCUGAGUGCAGAGCCAGGAGUAACCCUUGAGCAAUGAGGAGUGUAGCCACCCCAAAACAAAACAAAAACAAAAUAAAAUAAAACUCUCAAAUGUGGAUACCUAUCCUCUUAAAAGAACAUUAUUGCAAUGUAUCUACAUUAACAGGUUUAAAGUUUGUAUCCUAUGGCUUUAAGCAAAAGCAUUAUAAUGUAUUCUGGUUUAGUUAGUGAGUGAUAUGAUAGUAAAACAGUGUAUGUGGGAAAGACUAGCAUACAUAGUAGCUUAAUCUUUUAAGCAAUAUCAGAAAAUACUCUCAAAGCUAACAGAAAAGCUGCAAUUUCCUAGAAAUGAUAUUUGCUGUUAUUUCAAUUACAGUUUUAGUGUUUUGCUAGUCGAAGAGAUAUCACAAGAACACAGCUGUAUUCUAACCUACAACGUGACAUUGAGAUCUCAUUUUUGUAAAUUUUAAUAAAGGCUAAACCAAUGCAAGUAUUUAUGAAAAUAGCACAGUUUCACAUUAAUACCUGUGGUGCUUAAAUAUCACCCUGCACUAACUCAGAUUUACGUGUAAGUCUUAAAUAACCGGUGGUUGAGAUGAGGAAAUAUUUAAAGUCUUUUAUAGGAUACAGAAAAUGUUCAUAAUAAUAGUUUGUCACUCAGAUGAAGGUCUUGCACCUCACAGAUCAGAGUGAAUUAGUCCACUUGUACUGAAAUAACUGUAAACUUAGUCAAAUUGCUAAAGUUUACUGAUCUGAGUUUGCAAUCUUGUAAAGUGAGGUCCAGUCGCCCUAGUUCUUGCCAUAGCUGUGAAGAACAUGUGAAACAGACAGCAUCAAGCACCCCCUGAACCCCAACACAUCAUCCUUUCGUUGGAGUGGCUGGAACUGAAGAGCUUCCGUUCCCAGACCUGAGUGAGCAUAUGGUCCUUGAUACAUCCAAGAUGCAGCAACUUCUGAACCCCAGUGCAUGCGGUCAAACAAGAAAUUUGUUUCAGUCCUCGAUCUCACUUGCACCCCUCUGAACUCCUCUAAUCUGGUAGUCUGGGCUAGAAGUAAUCUUCAUUUGUGCGUUGCUAUUUUUCAUUCCCUUUUUUCACUCAUGCCUGUAAUCAUUUGUGAUUUUCUUGGAAAGACCAGCCUGGUCACUAGCCCUGCUAAGAUCAUGGUUCUGUCUUGUUUAUUAUGGAGUCACUCAGGUACCUUACAUCAUAGAUAACUGAUUAUAAGUGACUCAUCAUUGUCUCUAUUCUUUAUUAUAAUAUAAUAUGGAAAUUGUAUCCUCUGACUUUUAUUGUCUGAAAUAGUUUCUCGCACGGAGGAAACGGCCAGUAUUUCUCAAACAAAUGUGAGGAUGAAUCCCUUACAUCUUUUCCUUAAUAUGCAUUGAAGCUAUGUUAACUCUUAAUUUUAAUAAGGAAUUAUGGCAUUUUUGAAAAUGUACGAGUAUUGGAUGGUUCUUGGGUACAUAUUUUUUCAAAAUCUUUGCAGAAUUUAUAUGAAACUGGUAUUUCAUUUAUUUUGAUUUCUACUAUUCCAUCAAAAUGGAUACGUGGGGAGUUUCUGUAGAAAAUUCUUAUAUGAAUGAGCUCCCAUGACAUGGGAUGGCAGCAACAAUUCUUGCAUCACAUUUUGGUGUCCGACUUGGAAAAGAGAUUCACUGUCCUCUUGGAGGGCUGCUUCGAACCUGCAGGUUGCUUCAUGUUUUCAUGUGAUAUAAUCAGGGAAUUUGGUUAGAAAUACGUGGAAGCCUGGGAGACCUCAAAAAGACAGAUGGACAAAGGAAGCCUGUGACCUUGUACAUAUCCAAUUAUGUGUCUCUAUCCAUCAUCUAGCUCUGCCUCUCUCUAUUCAUCUAUCCAUUCUCUAUCUAGAGGAACUGGGAUAUGUUGGAGAAAGACUAGCAAAUCACCAAGUCGACUCUUGGUGGGGUCAGUUGUAAUCUGCCGCUGCCUUUUCCCCUCAAGAGAGCUCUGAGGAUGAGAGAUUGAUUUGUCUGAGAGAGAGACAGACAGAGACAGAGAUAGAGAGACAGAGACAGACAGAGAGAGGGAUGCACUGGAGCAAAAUGGCUUUCUAGCCUCUGGCAAGGCAAAGCAUUGCCCUAGGUUAAGGGACUGCAGCUGCAAAAUCCUGCACAGAACGCUGGAACUGUGAAGGAAUUUUAUCAGCCUUCCAAAGAGUAGGUCACUCAUGUUAAGGAACAAGAACCCCAAGUAAGUGUUAAACUGCCUCUAAAUAGCUUAUCCAUGUUGGAUAGAGUUCCAACAGCUAAACCCUGGCAUCACAGAAGACGCUGGCUGUGAAAUGACGCUCAUCUCUCGUCUACCCAGACACCACAUCCAGAAGAGCACAGGGCAGAGGAAGAGAGAAGCCCUUGGCCUCCUCCAUAAGGUUGGCGUCUCUGGCAAAUAUCUUUUUAAUGGUUGACAGUGACCAGGUUUUGUCACUUUGGUCAGAAAGAUCAAUGCAAAUGUAAAAUGGCCAAAAAUAAAGUUUCUAACAGUUUCUUCAAGUUACAAAUUAAGCAAUAAACUGGAUACACCAGUGUAUCAAAUUAAUUUUACAGUUCCUGAGGUUCAAGUUAUUUAAAUAGAAUAUCUUUAUGUAAACCAUUUACAAAAUACAGACUGAAAAUUGAUAGUGUUCUGGCAUUUUUUAAAAUAUAUUGAAAUAGUUAUACUGGUUUCAUGUUCUUCUUUCAUUUUAUAUUAAUUUAAUAUUUAAGAUGUGUUAUGCUCCAUUUUUUUGCAGGGUUAAGUGAUUUAUCUCAGUUAAAUAAGACCAGACAGGCAAAGUAUCAUACAUCUAGUCUUACAUGGAAAUACAACAUUAUAGUGUUGUGUUUUGAAAAAAGAAUGAAGAUGAUGAUGGAAUUCAAGUGGUCACCUCACCUGCAUGUAAGAGAAUAAGUACAUUUUCAAUCAUUUCCCAGAUGUGACCAUUUUUUCAUAUAAACUUAGGAAAAUUAUUUUUUAAAUGAUGGUAGCUUCAUAGAUACAAUGAAAUUAUAGAUAAUAUAAAAUUAUUAAACUCUAGAAAUUCACUGAAAUAUGUGUGUAAAGAAUGAACAGUUCAAAACGGUUAAACAAGAUAUUCUAACUGCUAUUAUUAUUAACAUCAGGGGUAACAUUAUAGCACUGUCGUCCAGUUGUUCAUCGAUUUGCUCUAGCGGACACCAGUAACGUCUCCAUUGUGAGACUUGUUGUUACUGUUUUUGGCAUAUCGAAUACACCACAGUGAGCUUGCCAGGCUCUGCCUUGCGGGCAGGAUACUCUCAGUAGCUUGUGGGCUAUCCAAAAUGGAUGGAGGAAUCGAACCCGGGCCAGCAGGCAAUAAACUUAUAUUAUUAAUUUAUCAGUGGUGCUUUUAAAUUGUAUUUCUUACUCAUGUGGACAAGAAGAAACUAAAUUGAUUUAGGACAACAGUUAGCUUGCUAUUCUAAGUGUCCACUUUGACCCCCAGCAGGAAGGAUGUAAUAAUUUUAAUAACUCAAUAAUAAUAUUGAAUUAUACAAAAGCAAAAGAUGAUUUCUCAAGUAUACAUCAACUAUGAGAUAUCUUUGAUGAAAUACAGUCACUUGUGAUCUUUAGUUUGAGGAAAAAUGAUAUUAAACAAUAAUCCUAUUUUGUGUCAAUGUUUUCUGGGCAUAGAUAUUUUCUGGAGGAAGACUUGGGCUAUACCUGGCAGUGCUUAGAACAUACUUCUUGAGGCUCUGCAUUCAGGGAUAAGACUUUGUGGGGCCCUGGGGCCCAUAUGCACUCCAGGGAUUGAAUCCUAGUUGGUGAUGUGCAAAGCAAACAUCCUACAUACUGUACUACUAUCUUGUC